CGCGGUGUUCCUCCUGCGGCUCGGCUGGAACGGGGAGAGAUUCGAUCGAGCGAGCGAGCGACGGCGAGGGCGAGGUGAGGCAGCCAUGGGGAGGUCGCCGUGCUGCGAGAAGGCGCACACGAACAAGGGGGCGUGGACGAAGGAGGAGGACCAAAGGCUCAUCGCGUACAUCAGGGCGCACGGGGAGGGAUGCUGGCGGUCGCUGCCCAAGGCGGCGGGGCUGCUGCGCUGCGGCAAGAGCUGCCGGCUCCGGUGGAUGAACUACCUCAGGCCGGACCUCAAGCGCGGGAACUUCACCGACGACGAGGACGAGCUCAUCAUCCGCCUCCACGGCCUCCUCGGCAACAAGUGGUCUCUGAUCGCCGGCCAGCUGCCGGGGAGGACGGACAACGAGAUCAAGAACUAUUGGAACACGCACAUCAAGCGCAAGCUCCUCGCCCGCGGCAUCGACCCGCAGACGCACCGCCCGCUGCUUGCCGGCAGCAGCAACGGUGACGGCGCCACCGCGCCGAACAGGGCGCCUCGCCUGGCGCCGCCGCAUCCCAUAUCCGUCCCGGCGAAGGCGGCCGCCGCCGCCGCGAUCUUCGCCGUGACGACAGAGCCGCCGCCCCCGGCGGCGGCGCCCCAGGUCGACUCCUCCUCGGACGACGGCGGCCGCAGCAGCAGCGGCGGCACCACGAGCACGGAGGAGCCGCGGUGCCCGGACCUCAACCUCGAGCUGUCGGUGGGGCCGUCGCCGAGCUCGCCGCCGGCCGACACGACGCCCACCAGCUCCCGGCCGGUCUGCCUCUGCUACCACCUCGGCUUCCACCGCGGCGAGGCGUGCAGCUGUCAGGCUGACAGCAAGGGCCCACAGGAGUUCAGAUAUUUCAGGCCGUUGGAACAAGGCCAGUACAUAUGAGAGGAGAGCAUGACCAUCAGAUGUCAUGAGCUUCCCAACAAUGUGUAACACAGGGAGAUUUUUCUUAGUGACGUCAAAUACUGCUUUAUUUGAGAGAGAAAAAAAAGAUGGUAAAGAAAGGAGUCUAAUCUGUUGAUAUUUCUAUCCAACUUCAUG